AUGAGUGUAACAAUUCAAAGUCAAGCUUCUUCAAAUUGUCCACGAAAUGAAGUAAUUCAUUUACAUCCCCAACACAAAAGUGUGUUUGUUCACGGAUAUGGAGGAUCAUCCGAAAGUGCUGAACAUCAAGCACAUAUCCUCAGCUUGUACAUUUACGACGAAUCACUCAAUAUCGACCCAAAGAUUGCGGUCAUUCCUAACGAAGCACAACGUUUCAAUGCUUCUUGCGCUAAAGCAACCACUCAUCUGUUAGAUUAUAUAAAGAAAAUUGCGAGAGGCGAACAAAGUUCAAAGAGCAACGGGGAUGAAUGUGUUGAGCUGCUGGUGUAUUGCCACAGUAACGGUGCAAAACCAGUUCAGAAGGCUCUUACUCCUGAAAAUCUUACAGAAUUAUGCAAGAAGGAAAAUAUCCCUGAAAUGGAAAUAGCCAACUUAAUGAGAAGAAUAAGAAAGAAAAUUGUCGUGAUUUCGUUUGGAGGAGUGACUUACAUUCCGGGAAACUAUGCCAAGAUUGUCAUGAAUUUUUGUUCAACAAGCGACAAUUUUAGCCAGUUUUGUCAUUUUAUGAAAGUUGGAGAGCAACCGAAAGAUGACGAGGUAAAUCCGAAAAUUUAUGUGAGAGAUCCUGCAGUGCCCGAGAGAGAGAAAGAGGUUCCUGCUGGAAUAUGGAAAUCUUUCCCAACAGUUAGCACUGUCUCGGGGGCGGCCAAAGAUUUAGCUUCCACAUCUUGUGGUGGAUCGGAGGAUCAUCCACACUAUCUCGAAAACAUUCUGAAGAAUAAAAAGAUGAUCUCUUACAUAAGAGAAGUUCUGGGAUUAGAAGCGGUAGAACAGCUGCCAACAUCUAAAUUUUUAUACAAUGAAUAAAGUUUUGAAGCAUAAUUUUUGAUAAAAUAAUUGAAUAUUAAGUGAAACAUGUCUCCAAUUUUGGUAUUAUUAGCUUACCAUUUCAAUUAGGGUUAUUUUAACAUCAGUUGAGUGCAUUCACUACUAAAUAUGAGAAACAAUUUAUAUGUGUUGUUUUCAAUAUGCUUUGAUCGAUAUAUAUGAUUUAUAAUAUUAAAAGAAUCAAGACUAGUUAUCACUAGUAACAAUGUCUAUAUCAAGUGAUUCCUA